UCCCAUCUGCCUGAGGAAGAGAGAAGGGUUCACGUGCUCAGGCAAGCACACCCGAGAGAGAGAGGAGGAAGAGCAGGGAGGAGAGGAGCCCAGGCCCACAGCCCUAUAAAUGCACAGCUCAUCUGCAGCAAAUACCCUGCACCCUCACCCUGAACCUCUGGAUCACUCUUCUGCAUCCAAGACCAGCACAAUGCCCUCAUCAGCCUGUCCCAAACCCCACGGUCAAGAGUGGCCCACCAGCUCAGACCAUCCUCCCUGGAGCAGCUCUUCCUCAAACAACAUGCCAUCUCUGUUUCUCGGGACAGCGAUUCAGUGACACGGCCUGAGCAGCAAAGCCACGGGAUGAGACCACAGGAGUAGCCCUAGAUAGCAGAACUCUCCCAUGUACAGAUGAUAGGAACAGGCCUGGCUGAUGCCUUGAUCAACCAAGAAAUCUCACAUAGAGGGAAUCUAGUCCUGUAAGAAGUAGACAUUAACAGGGGAGGUAGCCUCCACAAGACAAGAAGGAAUAUGAGACCUUGAAAGGUUAGAGUGCUCAACUCAACUUAGAUAGCUGGCUGGUAACCAGAAAAGAUGGGAAAGUGGAGAAAGAGGAAGGGGUGAGAAUUAGCAGGAGUGGGAUGGUCAUGUAGAAGGCAAACGAGGGUAUAGCAAAAAGAGAAGAGGAAAAACAGGAGUGCUGAAGAACGGAGUAAAGCAGGCAUAUACACUAACAUCUAAAACACCUGCAGCAGGGAGGUGGGAUGCAUCUUAACUCCAAACAAGAUGAAAGUACAAGAGAUUUCAUUUGAACACAGUGAUUCCCUAAAUGUUACAGUAAUGAGAAAAGAGCAUACUGAUGCUGAAUACUAAGAUUCUAAUGGUGUAAAAUAAACACUAUGUGUUCACAGGUACUCAAGUACGCCUACACUCAAUGCCCUCUGCAGGCCCAAGUCCAGAAACGCUGGCACCUAUGAACCUUGCUCAUCCAAACCCCAUUCUCAAAGACAUGGUUGGAUUUUUUAAAAUUGAAAAUAGACUAUUCUCUCAAACAAUACAUCCCAACCAGUUUCUUUGCGGCACCCACUGACCUCCCUUCUCCCCCAAAGCCUUUCUGCCCAAUGGUAUGUAAAACAGAUUGUAAAGGAAAGGCACCCCAUAUUAAAGAGUCUCCUCCAGCCAGGCCCCCUUUCCUUGUGUGCAGUGUGGUGAUCGAACACCUCUAGGGAAAUCUGGCUGGGAAAGCAUGAGUCACUGCAAUGACUGCCAGGCACUGUCACCUGAAUAAAGGGAAUCGGGGACUUCAUGGGGAGAGAAAUGAGAGGAGGUAGAACACGCGCACUCCACAGGGCGUCCAAUCAGUCCACAGUCAAAGGGGAGCAUUCACUUCCUCAGCUUCUAAAAUUGGAAUUUAAGCAUUGAACAUGCAGUGAGCCUGGCAUUUGUCAUGACUAUGCCAUUACUAUACAGAUUCUCCAGAGCUUGCUAAGUUCCAAAACUUUUACUAUCGCACCCUGGAAAGCCUCUUGCUGGGUGUCUGGUCCAGGUGACCAUCUUAGCUCCCAUACAGCUGUGUCCUUUGUGCUUUCCCUGUCCCCCAUCCUCAAACAGGUCCCAGACAGCAGACCCGAAGAACAGCAGCACUGUGACUGAGUUCAUCCUCGUGGGCUUUGAGCAGAGCUCCCCUUCCACACGGGCAUUGCUCUUCACCCUCUUCCUGGCUCUCUACAGCCUCGCCAUGGCCAUGAAUGGCCUCAUCAUCUUCAUCACAUGGACUGACCCCAGGCUCAACAGCCCCAUGUACUUCUUCCUUGGACACCUGUCUUUCCUGGACGUCUGCUUCAUCACCACCACCAUCCCGCAGAUGUUGGUCCAUCUGGUGACCAAGAACCACACUGUCUCCUUUGUCUCUUGCAUGACCCAGAUGUACUUGGUCUUUCUAGUGGGUGUGGCCGAGUGCAUCCUCUUGGCUUUCAUGGCCUAUGAUCGUUAUGUUGCCAUCUGCCACCCACUGAACUAUGCCCAGAUCAUGAGCCAGAAGGUGUGUGUCAGGCUGGUGUGUUCUUCCUGGAUCUUUGGGAUGGUCAAUGGUAUCUUUCUUGAGUAUAUAUCAUUCAGGAAUCCCUUCUGCAAAGACAACCACAUAGAGAACUUCUUCUGUGAGGCUCCCAUAGUGAUCGCUCUCUCCUGCGGGGACCUCAAGUUCACCAUGAAGUUGAUCUUUGUGGAUGCCAUUGUGGUGUUGCUCAGUCCCAUGGUGCUCAUCAUCACCUCCUAUGCCCGCAUCCUGGCCUCCAUCCUCCGCAGGGCCUCCUCCUCAGGUAGGGGGAAGACAUUCUCCACAUGUGCCUCCCACCUGACCGUGGUUGUCUUUUUCUACACCUCAGCCAUGUUUUCUUACAUGAAUCCCCGCAGUACACAUGGGCCUGACAAAGACAAGCCUUUCUCUCUCCUCUACACCAUUAUCACCCCCAUGUGCAACCCGGUCAUCUACAGCUUCCGCAACAAGGAAAUGAAGGGGGCUAUGGGGCGGGCUCUUGGGAUAGGUAGCCUGGCUCAGGCAGAGUCUGUCUAGAAGGAAGAUCUAUAAGGAAAAAGUUCCCUUCACUGCACAGUGAAGAGUUAACUCCUUCCUGGCUUCACCAUUUCCACCAGAGUCCAGGAAUGAGUAUUCAUUGCUGCCUUAGCAUUGGACUCGAGGUGAAAUUUCUUUUGUGUCUGUGAUGGUUUAAACAUGCUUGGCCCUUGGGAAGUGGCACUAUUGGGAGGUGUGGCCUUGUUGAAGGAAGUGUGUGUCACUGUGUGGGCAGGCUUUAUAGUCUCCUAGUACUUAAGCUCUGCCCAGUGUGGAAGAGAGUCCCCUCCUGGUUGUCUACUCCUCCUGACUGCCUUCGGAUCAAGAUGUAGAACUCUCAGGUCCUCCAGAUGUGCCUGCACACUGCCAUGCUUCCUGUCAUGGUGUUAAUGGACUGAACCUCUAAACCUGUAAGCCAGCCCCAAUUAAAUGUUGUCCUCUCUAAGAGUUGCCUUGGUCAUGAUGUCUCUUUACGUCAAUGGAAAGCCUAACUAAGGUAGUGUCCGUGUCUCGUAUCUCUAGUUGGCUUUCAGCACAGACAAAUCUUCUCUGACAAUCACCAUUUGUGAGAGCCGGAUUUUCUUUGACUUUCACUGGCAACAGACAGAGAAGCACAGGAGGCAAUAAGGCAGUUCAGAAAAACAUAACCUCGUAGCCAACGUUGGUUCAAACUUCAGGUGUCUGGCCCCAGCUUGCUUGUUUUAGGCGUGUGUAAACACAGCACUGUUGAAAACUAUGCUUCUGAUGAGUAACUCGGCGGCCCUGUGUGCACAGCAGAGCUCACCUCAGUCUCUUUGAGGAACCAGGUAGGCUAAAUACAGACGAGACGAGACUGCAUCAAAACUCUUUGUCAAGGACAUGUGACAGCUUCCAGAAAGAAAGGUUCUAUAACCUGACCGAGAACGAUGAGUUUACUGGAAGGGUCAGAAGGGUCCUGAGCCAGAGUAUCCCUGGCCACACAGAUUGCACAGAGGCCACCAGGCUAGAAAGCAUGUCCACGCUAACCUUCCAUGUGCUUAACAUCCCGGGCUCCCCUAGUGCAUGUGUGUGGGCACAAAGACCUCUGUGCUCCCUAGACCUUAAACACGUUUUCUUUCUUGGGGACAGAAGUGCAAUGCAAAGAACUGAUUUCAUGAAUUGAGGAAAAGCAAUUGAAGAAGACAAUCAGAUCAAGUUUCAGGAGCACAACUCUGUGUGUGUGUGUGUGUGUGUGUGUGUGUGUGUAUGUGAUCUAUGUGUGUGGUGUGUGUAUGUGUGUCUGUGUGUAUUUGUUACUUACAUGUGAGCCUGUGUGUUACUUGUAUGUGCAGAUGCAAAUGUGUGUGCACUGAUGCUAUUAUUCUGUCAUACACUCAAAUUUAUUUACAAAUAUUUUAAACUGUUUUUCUUUUUUGAGGGAGGGUCUUCAGGUGUUGAUCCCCUUAGUCUAGUCUCCCAAGUCCAGGUAUUACUCAGAGGCACAGCCACUCUUGGUGUCUCCUGGAAUACCAUCACUAGCCCAGAUAUUCAUUAGUAUAGUUUAACUUUACAGUGUUCCGAGCUUCCUUCUUGUCUUAUAUUUUAUUCCUAAGUCACUCACAGCUGGUGAGUCUGCCUGCCCCAGCCUUCCCCUUGCUCUUCCCAGCCUCUAUCCCUUUACGGAUGGUCUAGAUCAGUGACUCCCAAUCAAUGACAAUUUGGCAAUGUUGAAAAGAUUUGCUACUGGCAUCUAAGAGCACAGGCCAGAAAGUACUAAACAUCCUAAAUAGUCAGGACAACCUCACUCCAAAAUGUAAUGUCCUGAUAUCUCAACUAUGGACAGACAUGGAAAGAGGUUGAGGGCAGAAAAAGGAAGCUGGUGAGUGGUGGUGAUGUGGGAAGAGAGGAGACGCUUGAGACUGAGAGGAGAAUAGCAUACAGAAUUCUGUCUGCGAAGCUUAAACAGCUGCUUGUGGCAGGACAGUCAACGACAGUGAUCUGUAGAUGCACUUGUAACAAAGCCUGCUUUGAAGCCUCUGUGUGUUCCAUCUAUCCACCCUUACCUCUCAAAGUCUUGUGAGACCUUUCCUGUCCAGUCAUACCCAGAGCUUCCCUUGUGGUUUCAGACCAAGUUCCAUCCAUCCACCCUUCCAUCACCCUUGACCUCACCACCUUCACAUCUCAGUCUAGCUCACCCCCAUUCCUUUCUCCUCUGCUCUUCUGCCCUGAGACCGAAACAAACUAUGACCUGUAAAAUGCCUUCCUGUAGGAAUAACCCCUAGAAGUUCAUCUUUUGUCUCUCGCUCACUUGCAGGCUCCUCACCUUGGCCAGUAUCUGUCUCUUUGUCCAGAGCACUCUUGCUCUAGUCAGCUUUCUGUGGCUGUGAUGAAGAUCACAGCCAAAGGCAACUUGGGGAGGGAAGGGUUGGCUUGACUUACACACCCUUCACUGAGGGAAGUCAGAAUAGGAACUCAGGGCUGGAGCCUGAAGGCAGGAACUGAAAGAGUGGUCAAUGGAAGAGAGCUGCCUAUUAGCUUGCUCUUCAUGGCUCGCUCGAUCAGCUUGUUUUUGUACGCCCCAGGAUCCUAUGCUCAGGGGAGGUGUAGCCCACAGCCACUGGGACCCUUUCACAUCAAUCACUCAUCAGUAAAACAUCCCCAGAGAACGAUUUUUCUGGUGUGUCCCUGUAUUCAGUUUGCAAGUAUUUUGGUGAAAAUACUUGAACCUAUAUGUUCAUCAAGGACAUCAAUCUGCAAACACCUCUUUUGUUUGUACAUUUGUCUGGUUUUGGUAUCGAAGCAGUACUGGCUUCAUCAAAAGAGUUUGGGGGGACAUUCCUUAGAAAUUUUUAAAAAGGAAAGAAAAGAUAAAAUGUCAUCUCACUGUGGAAGCUGAGGUGUGUCCCAGUGUGUCACACAGUAUACUUUUUUUUCCAAACAGCUUAAUUUGCAAAUGUUCGUUGCAAUGAGUCAUUGGUCUGGUUCGAGUCCUCUGGCUUCUGCUACACCAUCAAUCCUGGAUCCUCACCAGGACUUCUCUCAGUUAUCCUCUUGUUGCCCUGUGUCAUGGAGAUCCUGCAGCUUUGGCUCUGUAGGACCAGUGCCUUCACCUACUCCAGAAGUUCAUAGAUGGGGUGGAUGCUGGGAUGAACCAAGUCAAAGCCCUGGAUCUGGGCGUGGGUGGAAGCUGGGUUUGUCAUUCCAUCUGUUCCCCCAUGCCCACACCACCAGUCCCAGCUCUCCUGCUUUACCCAGGCAAGGGGCAGGGCCAGCUCUCCUGCUCUUACACCCUCAGGCCAACACUAUGCCCUGCCCCCAAAUUUCCACUGCCAGGGGUCAGUUCUACUGCGCUGCCAAGCAAGGGGCAGGGUCCAUUCUCCCACUGGUGUCAAUAACGUUUCAGCUGGGGUGGGAAUUCAUGACCACCUCCACUUUGCACGCUGGGAUUUCACAUGAUCUGACUUGAGCUCCUGCAGGUAUUAUACAUGCUGUUACAACUUCUGUUAGUUUAUAUGUGCAGUUGCCCUGUUGAGUCUGGAAAAGUAUCUUUACUUGUAGUCAAAUACCACUUCUGACUCUUACGGUCUUUGCACUCCCUCUUCUGAAAGAAUCACUGACCCUUGAAAGGAGGGGUGUAAUACGGAUGUCUCAUAUAGAGUUGGACAUUCUUCAGUCUCUCGUUCUCUGCACCAUGACCAGUCAUAGGUCUCUGUAUUAUUUGCCAUCGAGCUGCGAACAGAGGUUCCUCUGAUGAGGGAUGCAUUAAUCUAUAGGUAUGAUGGUAAGUCAUCAGAAGUUCAUUUAAUACUACGUACAUUUAGCAGAAUAAAAGUGUCAGAACUUACUGUCUAGCCACAGGUUCUUGGUUCUGAAAUUGGUGCUAGGUAUAGGUUUUAUCUUGUGGAGUGGGGUUUAAGUCCAACCAGAAAGUGGGUGAGCCCUCCUUCAUGGAUCACUAAUUGAGAAAAUGCCUUACAGAUGGAUCUCAUUGAGACACUUCCUCAACUGAGGCUCCUUUCUCUCUGAUGACUCUAGCUUGUGUCAAGGUGACACCAAGUUAUAGAAUACAUAAGAUUAUUUUUAUUUAUAGGUUGGGGCUUUUAUAUCUGGUGUUUGAUUGGUGGUUGUGAGUGGGUUUUAUUUAUUUAAGUCAUCUUCUUUCAACGGAGGUGUUUGCAAUGUUCAGGGGGGGUGUGUUGUAGUGCGGUUGAGAUGUCAUUUCCUCUGUUAGGCUGGGGUUCAGGACCCCAGCCUCUCCUGGAAGGGUCAGCUUCUAUCUGUAACAGCAAUCAGGAUCCAGGGGCAAAUUCAUUCUGAAACAGAAUCGGUCCUCCACAAAGCAAUCUCGACUUAAGUACAAAGCGGUUGGUUACUCGAAUGAUAUCUGUGCCACUAUGGAGCUAAUCACAUCAUAGCAGGCUGGUUGUGUUGUAGCUCAAGGGUUCACAGCUGUUAAGACUGGUGAUUGCGUUUCUGCCCUGGUAACAUUCAUCUCAGCUCCUGGCACUGUGAAGCUAGCCAAGAGGAAAGAAGCUACCAGAUCAAAUACCAGCUUGGUUUUUCUAUGCUCUACGACUCAACUAUGUGGUAGCUUCAGCAACGGGGUCUUCCUGUUUAGUUCCGAGAGCAAUUAUGGCCUGUGAUGUUUGGGGAUCUGUGGGACCUUACUAGCCAACAACCCUAAAGUAGGUAACUUUUCCAAGAACUGGGUUUGUAUUUGUUUGUCUGUGAUUUUUAACGACUUAAGAGUUCUUUCACAUUCCUGGUUAGCUGAAAGCCUUUUUUAAAAUUAAAUGCGAAAAUUAAAAUGUUGUGAAUUUUCAAUCAAGUAGAUGAAUUUUCUAAAUAAAUUGAGGCCAUCUAUCAUUUUCAUUUGUCUGUUAGUAUGGUGAUUUAUAUUAAUUCACAUUUUAAUGUUCAAUAAAUCUUGGAUUAUGAUAAUAAACUCACUUUAUAGAAAAGGUAUUAACUUUAAUGCAUUGGAAGAUGCAGUUUGAUGUCUAAGUUUGUCUAACAAUUCUGUAACUAUAAUUCUAAGAGAUUGACUUAUUUUGUUCCGCCAUACUUGGAUAUUGAAGUCGUGUUGACUUCAUUUAACACUUGAGGUGCUUCCCUUCUUCUAAUAUAUUUGUAUUCAUUCUUGGU